AUGGCGAGGAAACUACCUGAAGUGAAGAUCGUAGAGGUGGGACCACGUGAUGGACUUCAGAAUAUCUCUCAAAUGGUACCGACUUCCACCAAGAUUGAGUUGAUACAAAGGCUUGCCAGAACCGGACUCACAACUAUUGAAGCAACAUCUUUCGUGUCCCCUAAAUGGAUACCUCAACUUGCCGAUGGUUCAGAAGUUUUGCGAAGUCUGCAGAAUCAUAUCAAGACGGGCUCCAAGAUCCAAUUUCCCGUCCUGGUUCCCAAUGUCAAAGGUCUGGAGAGAGCAAGCGAGUGUGGCGCGAAGGAAGUGGCUAUUUUCGUAUCCGCGACAGAAGGAUUCAGCAAGAAGAACAUUAACUGUACGGUAGCAGAAUCUCUAGAACGGGCUCGAGAGGUGACCAGACGUGCAAGAGAUUUGGGAAUCAUGGUUCGCGGAUAUAUUUCUUGCAUUUUCCAAGAUCCGUACGAAGGAAUGACAGAUCUACAGCAAGUCGUGAAAACCACUAAAGCGCUGCUAGACGCAGGCUGCUAUGAAGUCAGUCUCGGUGACACUCUUGGUGUUGGAACUCCCGCCGAUGUCACAAAACUUUUUACUGCCGUCCUCCGUGAGAUUCCACCUGAGCGUCUUGCUGGGCACUUUCACGACACCUAUGGUCAAGCUAUUGCGAACGUGGUCAGAGCUUAUGAGCUGGGCAUUCGGACUUUUGAUAGCAGUGUAGCGGGACUUGGAGGAUGUCCAUUCGCCAAAGGUGCGAAAGGAAACUUGUCAACAGAGGAUGUCGUGUACACCUUAGAGAAGCACGGGAUUUCAACUGGUGUGAAUCUGACGGAAUUAGCGAAGGUUGGAUCUUGGAUUUCGAAACAGCUUGGGAUACCAAAUGGAAGUCGUGCUGGGGAAGCGAUCAUAGCGAAACUCCAAGAUUCGAAUUCUCACCCCAAGAUCUCAUCUGCUUCUCAACAAUGGCAGGUUCUCGAGAAGAAUGAUGAUUACCGAGUGAGCAGAAGCGGGGUCAACAUCGAAAUCUGUCUUACAAGGCCGAAAAAUGGCAACGCACUCACAACAAACAUGCUACAAGCACUCUCCAGACUGUUCAAAUCGUUCUCCGACGACGACUCUGUUUUCAGAAUCAUUCUACGCGCCGAAGGUAAGUAUUUUUGCACAGGCAUGGAUCUGAAAGGCUCGAGCAGUACCGAAGAACAGUUCAGCAAUUUGAACACCCUCUUCCACACCAUCGAUGCUUGUCCUAAAACAACAAUCGCUGUCAUCAAUGGUCCCUGUUUUGGUGGUGGUGUCGGUUUGGCUUUCGUCUGUGACAUACGACUUGCAACCUCCAACACCACUUUCACUUUAAGCGAAGUUCGUCUUGGACUUUGCCCAGCUACGAUAUCGAAGUUUGUCACAAGAGAGUGGGGUAUCAGCUACACUCGCUCCGCUAUGCUGACCGCCAGGGAGAUCAAAGCUUCGGAGUUGGGAAAACUGGGAGUUCUUUAUGCGGUUGUGGAAAACAAGUCGGAGCUUGAUUUGGCUGUGGAGAAUCUUGUACAAAGCAUGAAGUUCAAUGCUCCAGGAGCUUCUAAGUUGAGCAAAGAUCAUGUCAGAGCAGCGUAUACUCAUCCGGGUGGGGAGAUGCAAGCCAAGGUGAUCAAGAAAUCUUUCGAUGAGAUGAUGGAUCCUGGCGCGGAGCAUGGAUAUGCUCGUUUGAAGUUCAAGGAGGGUGUGAAAAGGGUGGACUGGGAGGCAAGAGGAAGAAAGCUUCUUAGCUCGAAGCUAUAG